AUGGCACAACCACAGUCCUCUCCCAGCUACCACACCUCUCUCCUCACAGCCCUCGACUGCAGGUCACACAUCCACCUGGUCAUCGGCUCCAACCCUCUGGCUGCCGCCCGCUGCGGCCAGAGCAUAUCCGCCGGCGCGACCCCGAUCCUCAUUGCCCCGGCCGCGGCAGAGCUUCACUAUGGCCUGCAGCAGCGCAUCGACGCCGGCGAGGUCAAGUGGCUCCAGAAGCCCUUCGAGGAUGCCGACCUGUCUACCCUAGGCCGCGAGGAGGUCGACCACGUCGUCGACGCCGUCUUCGUCACCUCGGGCACCAGCUGCGACCCGGCGCACAUAUCUGCCCUGUGCCGCAGGAAACGCAUCCCCGUCAACGUCGUCGACUCGCCGCACCUCUGCACCUUCUCCCUCCUGUCUACGCACACCGACGGACCCCUCCAGAUCGGCGUCACGACAAACGGCCGGGGCUGCAAGCUCGCAUCCCGCAUCCGCCGCGAGGUCGCGGCUUCCCUACCCAAGGACCUCGGCGCCGCGUGCGCCCGCCUCGGCGACGUCCGGCGGCGCAUCCGGCAGGAGGACGUCGCGGCACAGCAUGCCGUCGCCGACGACCUCGACGAUUCCGUCGACCAGAGCGCGUCCUUCAACCGGCUCGUGCUCGAGGCCGACCUCGACGCCGCCAAGAACCGGCGCAUGCGCUGGCUGUCGCAGGUCUGCGAGUACUGGCCGCUCAAGCGCCUCGCCGCCAUCACCGACGCGGACGCCGAGGCCGUGCUGAGCGCCUACCCGGGCGGCGGCAGCCUGCCCACGGCUACCACCACCGACGCCGGCCAGACGUCGCCAGCACACAACCCCAACCCGAACAGUGUCCACGGCGGAUCCACGAAGAAGGGCCGCAUCAUCCUCGCCGGCAGCGGGCCCGGCCACCCGGACCUCCUGACCCGCGCGACCCACCGCGCCAUCCUGGCCGCCGACCUCGUCCUCGCCGACAAGCUCGUGCCCCAGGGCGUGCUCGACCUCGUCCCGCGCCGCACGCCCGUCACCAUCGCCCGCAAGUUCCCGGGCAACGCCGACGCCGCGCAGGAGGAGCUGCACGAGGCCGCCAUCGCCGCCGCCCGCUCCGGGCUCACCGUCGUCCGCCUCAAGCAGGGCGACCCGUUCCUGUACGGCCGCGGCGGCGAGGAGGUCGAGCGCUUCCGCGCCGCGGGGCUGGGCGCCGCGACGACCGUCCUGCCCGGGGUCACGAGCGCGCUGAGCGCGCCCCUCUUCGCCGGCGUGCCGCCCACGCAGCGCGACGUGGCGGACCAGGUCCUCAUCUGCACCGGCACCGGCAAGAAGGGCAAGCCGCCCGCCCCGCCCGGCUACCGCGACGCCCGCACCGUCGUCUUCCUCAUGGCGCUGCACCGCAUCUCGGGCCUCGUCGCCGAGCUGACGGAGCGCACGGAGCAAGAAGUCGCCGCCACCGCCGCCGCCGCCGACGGCCAGGACUCUUCCGCGGACGGAAGCAGCCAACAGCACAAGCGGCGCCUGUGGCCGCGGAGCACGCCCUGCGCCGUCAUCGAGCGGGCCAGCUGCCCGGACCAAAAGGUGAUCCGGACGACACUGGCGCACGUGGUCGAGGCGAUCGAGCAGGAAGGGAGUAGGCCUCCCGGGCUGCUGGUCGUGGGCAAGGCGUGCGAGGCGCUGUACACGCCCGGGAAGGGGCGGUCGUGGGUUGUGGAGGAUGGGUUCAAGGGCUUGGAUUUGGACGAGCUGGUUACUCCUGGCAUGGCGGCAUUGGCAUAG